AUGGUAGCGUGGUUCAUAUUUUCUAUUCUGGUGGUGAUUACGAGUGCUCAUCCAGCUGACAGCGAUAAAGGCAAUUGUCCGUCGUAUUGUGUGGGGGAAGCUUACCACUGCAUAAAUGGACACUGUUUUUGUGCCGACGGAUAUGUACCUAACUAUUAUCAAACGCAAUGUGUGAAAUGCCCAGGUUUAGGAGAAUCAUGCUACGGACCAUGUUGUAGCAGUAACUUGACAUUGCACUGCUGGCAUGGAGUAUGUCAGUCAUGUUACAGUCCACAGGGUAACUGGGUUUGCAGAGAACCAGUGGAUCAAAUAAUUUUAGUGUCAGGAACUCAGAUAGUGAUGGCAACAGCUCUCGUAUUGGGAAUCAUCGCUACAUUUGUGUUAUUAUAUAAGCUUUGUGCUGCAAAUGCUAUAAGCCCUGUUGGACGAAGUCCCCCUGGAUCGACUGGUGAAGGUAGACUGUCAGUGGGGAGCCUGCAAUUGUAUGUUGACGAACGAUUAAGGGACGCACCACCUAAAUAUACCAGAAACGCACCUUCUGGCUCAUCUAUUUACCCAGCACCAAUUUAUCUCAAUUCCGGAUUUAUACACGACAACUCUCUGCCGCCUCCACCCUACACACCGGAAAGAAAAGACGAGAACAAUCAAAAUGGAAGUGUACACAUGUGA